AUGCCUACUCCCUCCUCUGGCGGGAACCGCAAACAAAUGGGUAAAAGGAAACACAAAGACUCAAGCCGAGACGAAUCGCAAGAAGAGCAGGAACAGAAGCAGCGGACAAUUCCGGAUCUUUUUAGCAGAGACUACCACAGCACGAACCACAAGCAGGCGCCCCCUCCAUCACAGUCCAACAAGCGGCUACGGCGCAACGAAUGCGAUCCUGGCCGCGAAACCUCGUCCGAAGAGCUAGCGCCCAUCACUGUCGACAAGAUGUAUAAGUUCACCAGCUCGGACGGCAAGGGGAGUAAUGGAAGUGCGUUUGGAUUCGCUCGCGCCGACAACCGAGCGCCGCUGGCGAGGACAAGACCGUUCAAUUCUUCCAAUCCAAGCAGCUUUACACCCCACACAGGUGCAAAGACACUCAAAGUCAAGAAUCUGCGCGACACUCCCAAACUCGAUCAACAGCUUUAUUUUGAAAAAGUGUGGUCACAGCUGGACUCGGCUCUUACGGCAAUAUUCAACCAUGAGAAGCUUCCGUAUUCCUUGGAGGAGCUAUACAGAGGUGUGGAGCAUGUGUGCAGGCAGGGAAGAGCACCAAAUCUGGCGAAAAAUCUCAAGGACCGUUGCAUGGAACAUAUAUCAGGGACGGUCAUGGAAUCACUACUUGCCAAAUCUACAUCCGGAGAUGAGGCCGGGAUACUACGGGCGGUGGAAGCUGCAUGGACACAGUGGAAUGCGCGACUUGUGACGGUUCGGUCCAUUUUCUACUAUCUAGAUCAGUCCUUUCUCCUGCAUUCUCCCAACAAUCCCGUUAUAUACGAGAUGGGUCUUCUUCAGUUCCGCUCAUCGGUGUUUUCUGACGAGACUCUGAAAUCCAAGGUGUUUAAGGGAGCAUGUCUUCUGAUCGAGCUGGAUAGACUGGAGGAUAGUUAUGCCGACCCCACCCUGUUAAGAAGUUCUAUCAAGCUAUUCCACGACUUAAAGGUUUACACCAGUCAAUUUGAGCCAUCAAUGCUUGAGAAUUCAGCGGCAUAUUAUAGAAAUUGGGCAGCAACCCAUGUAGCUGAAGACGACUUGGCAAGCUAUGUGGAAAAGUCGUAUCGGCUCAUUGAGCGGGAGAUGGCUCGGUGUGACCUUCUCUCAUUCGACAGAGGGACCAAACAGAAGUUGGCCGAGCUUCUCGAUCAUAAUCUGAUGGCUAAUCAAAAACAGUUUCUUCUCCAAGAGGCUGAUAUCAUUAGUCUUCUCCGAGCAAACAAUGCCACCGCUCUGGAACGGUUAUUCUCCAUGCUUGAACGAAAGGGCAUGGGCGUGGAUGUAAAGUCUGCGUUUAGUAAAUAUAUCGUCCAACAGGGUUCCUCUAUUGUCUUUGAUGAAGCGCGUGAGGCCGAGAUGGUCACUAGACUACUUGCUUUUAAGCAAAGCCUAGAUCAUAUCUGGAGAUUUUCGUUUCAUAAUCAUGAACAACUUGGCCAUACUCUUCGUGAAUCGUUUGAAACUUUUAUUAACCAGCAUAAGAAGACCGAUUCUAACUGGGGGACAGACAACCCCAAACCCGGUGAGAUGAUUGCAAAGCACGUCGACCUGUUGCUCAAGGGAGGAGUGAGAGCACUUCAGAAUCGUCCAGUUGAGGACAUCACCGGCAACUCCAGUCUUACCGAUGAGGAUGCAGAAAUCAAUAAACAGCUCGAUCAAGUCUUGGACCUCUUCCGAUUCGUGCAUGGCAAAGCCGUGUUCGAAGCGUUCUAUAAGAACGACCUCGCGAGAAGACUCCUGAUGGGUAGGAGUGCCAGUGAUGAAGCGGAGAAGAGCAUGCUCUCAAGGCUCAAGUCAGACAUGGACCUUGCACGGGACGAAAUGGCCUCCUAUAACGCCUUGCUGCGGGAGAAGAACGAACGGCCCAAGAUUGAUCUCAAUGUUAAUGUCAUAUCUGCAACUGCCUGGCCGAGUUACCCGGAUGUGCCCGUUAACAUACCAGACUCGAUAUCUCAAGCCAUCAACAACUUUGAGGAAUUUUAUAAUAACAAAUACAGCGGACGAAGGCUGCACUGGAAGCACACCCUCGCCCAUUGUCAGUUGAAAGCACGGUUCCCGCUUGGGGACAAGGAAUUGGUUGUGAGCUCGUUCCAAGCCAUCGUACUGCUCCUAUUCAACGACGUUGCCGGUUCCGAAACGCUAUCGUACGAUGUUAUCAAAAAGGCGUCUGGUCUUUCGGAUGUGGAGCUGAAGAGAACACUACAGUCCCUAGCAUGUGCUAAAUACCGCGUUCUCCUUAAAAAGCCCAAAGGCAAAGAGGUCAACGAAGGAGACGUGUUUGCGUACAAUGCCAAGUUUGAGGACCAAAAGAUGCGGAUCAAGAUCAACCAGAUCCAGCUGAAGGAAACCAAACAGGAGAACAAGACGACACACGAGCGUGUUGCCGCAGACCGACACUUUGAGACACAGGCCGCGAUCGUACGCAUAAUGAAAAGCCGCAAGACCAUUACGCAUUCAGACCUGGUAGCUGAAGUAAUCAAAGCAACCAAGAAUCGCGGUCAGCUCGAGCUUGGCGACAUCAAGAAAAAUAUUGACAAGUAA